AAUACAGAAGGAAAUUUUGGCUGAUUUUGAUCGAAGGAGAAAGGUUUUUUAGAUUUAGAUUAUUUUGGGCUAUACGAACUUUUGGGAUGUCUGGUUAUUUCUGGUUUUAUAAAUACAUAGUUUUUCUGUCUUUAAAUUUAAUAGUUCUGAAUAGGUGGAACUGAGUAAAUAUGCUUGCAAGAUAAGUUGUACUUGACCGUUUUUAUUAUUAUGAGAUGACUGAUUUUAUCAGACUGCUCAUGGAUACUGAUUUUGGUAUCCGUAUAUUUACGGCGGAUAUCAGCAGGCACCUUGAUAUCUGUGUCCAUAUCCGUAUCCAUGAGCAGGUCUGGAUUUUAUUAUUACAGGUGUUUCUCGAUCCAUCGUUGGAAACUCUUAGCUUCCUUACUUUAUCCACCCAUCCCAUUACUUUUAAAAAUCGUCGGCUGGGGUAUCGGAGUCUGGGACCAUCUUUACUAUUGCAGACAACUUUUUCUAAAAUUAAUUUUAAAAAACAAUUUAAGGCAAGAAGUCUAACUUUACCAACAGAUGAUAUCCAAGUAAAAUUAAUGUUGCGGAGAUGUAAUGAGCCUAUAUGUAUUUUUGGAGAAGAUAUUUUGGAUAGAAGAGAACGUCUUCGUUCAUUACUUUCUCGAAUGUCAGAAGACGAAAUUCAUGCAAUUCUUCAUUUGGACGAAAAAGAAAGGGCUGAUAUUCAAGAUGAUCAAAGUACUUGGUAUCAUCGAGGACCUGCCGCUCUUCGAGAUGCGAGGGUUGAAAUAGCUGAUUUUAGUUUGGAAAGAGCGAAACAACGCCUGGAAAGAGCGAGAGUUCAAGCAAUGCUUUCUCAACAAGAAAGGGCUUUAAUUAAGCAAGCAACUCAUAGACGUAUUCAAACUCUUCAAAUUUAUGGAACACAAGUUUCCGGCAUUAGACCAACUUCAUUCGCUGAAUUUUCUCCUGAUUCUAAACACAUUAUUACCGCAAAUUGGUCCGGACAAGUUUCUAUUUGGUCAAUUCCAGAUUGUGUAGAAGAACUUAAACUUCAAGGGCAUCCUUGUCAAGUUGGAGCUGCGCGUUUUCACCCCGGCGCUUACAAAAGUCAAGAUCCUCUUUUAUUAAAUGCUGCAUCUUGUGAUCAUUCUGGAAAUGUUUUAUUUUGGAAUUUGGUAGAUGGAGAAAAACCUUUGGCAAAAUUAGAAAGGCAUGAGGAUAGAGUACCUAGAUUAGCAUUUCAUCAAAAUGGAAGACAUUUGUGCACAGCUUGUUUUGACUCUUCCUGGCGUUUAUUUGAUUUGGAAACCUUACAAGAACUUAUUUAUCAGGAAGGACAUAGCAAAUCUUUAUUUGAUUUGGAUUUUCAUGUUGACGGUUCUUUGUUACUUACAGGAGGUCUUGAUUGUUAUGGACGUGUUUGGGAUUUAAGAACGGGUCGUUGUAUAAUGUUCUUGGAAGGUCAUCAGAAGGGUAUUUACACUGUUAGUUGGCAUCAAAAUGGAUUUCUAAUGGUUACCGGAAGUGCUGAUAAUACUUGUAAAAUUUGGGAUGUCAGAAUGCGUCGUCAAAUCUAUACAAUGUCUGCUCACAACAAUUUAGUUUCGCGUGUGAGAAUAGAUCCUUCUGGAGAAUAUUUAGUUACUGGAUCUUAUGACAAUACAAUGAAAUUAUGGACAUGUUCAGGAUGGCAACCUUUAAGGAUAUUUGAUUCGCAUAAUAUGAAGGUCACUUGUGUUGAUAUAUCACCUGAUGAAAAUUGGAUUGCCUCAAGUUGUUACGAUCGAACUUUUAAAUUGUGGAACUUCUCAAGGGAAAAUUAA